UUCUCUCUCCCCGCCUUCCCGGCGCUGCCACAGUGGCGGGAUUGAGGAUCCCGACCAGUGAGGUGCCUGCGGCUUCGCGCUCCUCCUCCUCCCAAAUAAACAGCCCUCCCCACGCCGGGAGCCCGGGCCGCCCCCUUCCUCGCGCAGCCGGCGAGUGGUGAGGGAGCGCGGGACCGAAGGACCGAGGGAGCGGCGCACGCGGGUCUGAGCGAGUGAACGAGCGGCCGGCCGGCGCGAAGCCGGAGCAGAAACCGGAGCCGCAGCCGAAGCCUGAGUCGGAGCGGUACCGAAGCCGAAGCGGGAGUCCGGGCCGGCGCGCACGCACGCACGCACGCGGGGGGCGGGGCCGGCGCGCGCCCGCUUGUCGCGACUGUCGGCUCCUAGGCCCAGGGGGAGGUGGCCUGUCGCGGGUCGCCCGGCUCCCGGAGGCGAAGGGGGCGCGGGCGGAUGGCGGAAGGCGGCCAGCCGCAGCAGCAGCCGCCUCAGCUUGGGCCCGGUGCCACUUCCCGGGGCAUGAAGCGGGAGUCGGAGCUGGAACUGCCGGUGCCCGGAGCGGGGCCAGACGGACCCGAGCCCGGCGUGAGCAAGCGGCCGCGCACUGAGGAGGCGGCCGACGGCGGGAUGCAGAACGAGCCACUGACCCCUGGUUAUCAUGGAUUCCCAGCACGGGACAGUCAGGGUAACCAGGAGCCAACAACAACUCCUGACGCAAUGGUUCAGCCUUUUACUACCAUCCCGUUCCCACCACCUCCACAGAACGGAAUUCCCACAGAAUACGGAGUGCCACACACUCAGGACUAUGCCGGCCAGACCAGUGAACAUAAUCUGACGCUCUACGGGAGUACACAGGCCCACGGAGAGCAAAGUAGCAAUUCACCCAGCAACCAAAAUGGAUCUCUCACGACAGAAGGUGGAGCACAGACAGAUGGACAACAGUCACAGACACAAAGUAGUGAAAAUUCAGAGAGUAAAUCCACCCCCAAGCGACUACAUGUCUCUAAUAUUCCCUUCCGCUUCCGGGACCCUGACCUCCGGCAGAUGUUUGGGCAGUUUGGCAAAAUCCUAGAUGUGGAAAUAAUCUUUAAUGAGCGCGGCUCCAAGGGAUUCGGGUUCGUAACUUUCGAGAAUAGUGCUGAUGCAGACAGGGCCAGGGAGAAAUUGCACGGCACCGUGGUAGAGGGCCGUAAAAUCGAGGUGAAUAAUGCCACAGCACGCGUCAUGACCAAUAAGAAGAUGGUCACACCAUAUGCAAAUGGCUGGAAAUUAAGUCCAGUAGUUGGAGCUGUGUAUGGCCCUGAAUUAUAUGCAGCCUCCAGCUUUCAAGCUGAUGUGUCCCUAGGCAAUGAGGCGGCUGUGCCCUUGUCAGGAAGAGGAGGCAUCAACACUUACAUUCCUCUAAUCAGUCUCCCUUUAGUUCCUGGCUUUCCUUACCCAACUGCAGCCACCACGGCAGCUGCAUUCAGAGGAGCCCAUCUGAGGGGCAGAGGGCGGACAGUGUAUGGUGCAGUCCGAGCGGUACCUCCAACAGCCAUCCCUGCCUAUCCAGGUGUGGUUUACCAGGACGGAUUUUACGGUGCUGACCUCUAUAUAGAAUCUGCAAACUGCUUCAGAUCAAACAGGGUGGAUAUGCAGCCUACAGAUAUGCACAGCCUGCUACUGCAACCGCAGCCACAGCUGCUGCAGCCGCUGCAGCCGCUUACAGCGACGGUUACGGCAGGGUGUACACAGCUGACCCCUACCAUGCCCUCGCCCCUGCCGCCAGCUAUGGAGUUGGCGCUGUGGCGAGUUUGUACCGAGGUGGCUACAGCCGAUUUGCCCCCUACUGAAGUGACGUGAGACCCCCUGCAGAUGGGACAGCCCCCAGUUCAUGAGGCCUGGCUAUUGCAAUAUUUACUAGUAGAGGACUCUAUAGCAAGAUGAAGAGGAAAACAGACAAACAAAAAAGAGAGAAUACUUUUUUAUACCUCACUAUGUUCUUUGAAUAUGUAUUUUUCCUUUAAAUUUCUGCCUUUAAUUCUUUUGUUCCAAAGAUUGUGCUUUUUUUUUGUUUGUUUGUUUGUUUUUUUGUUUUUGAUUUUUUUGGGUUUUUUGUCUUGGA